AUGUCAUCAGUGUUGGUUGGUUAUACAGAUGCAGCUGCAAAUGCAGCUCAAGCAGCUUCACUGAUAAAUAACAGUAAAUAUCGAGCUUAUGUUGCGUCAGUCGAUAAGGCACUGAAAGCUUUUGAGACUACUAAUGAAUGGGCCGACUUGAUCUCAGCUCUUGCAAAACUUAGUCGGGUAUUUCAUGCAAAUGCAAAAUUUGGUGAUAUACCGAAGCCAGUGACUGUGGCAAAGCGCCUUUCGCAAUGCUUACAUCCGGCCCUGCCUCAUGGUGUUCAUCUGAAAGCACUGGAAACUUAUCGACAGCUCUUCGAUAUCCUUGGUCGUAAGGAUCUUCCACGUUUGUUGUAUCUUUUCGCUGUUGGACUUUUUCCACUGAUGGAUCACUGUGGAAUAAAGGUAAAAUCGGAAUUGUUGAAUAUAUUUGAACAAUAUCUCCUUCCACUAGGUGUUGAACUGAAGCCAGCGCUUCCUGGUUUUAUUGCCGGUGUCUUACUAGGCCUUGAAGAAGGAACGGAGUUCUAUGAUAGAUCAUUUUCGCUUUUGGAUCGGGUACAGGAGAGUGUUGGUUCUGAAACAUAUUUUGCAUGUCUUUGGGAAGCAGUCCUUGGUUCACCGUCUGUUCGGCUUCCGGCAUUGAUGUAUGUAAAUGCAAAAUAUAACCGUCGAAAAAGCAUGCACGAUCAAGAAUAUAUUAUGGGAAAUAACAUCGAUCAUAUGAUAGCGGCACUUUGUGCAGCAGCAGAUGAUGGUGGCUCAACACUCGUUCAACGUCAUUUAUUGGACUUUCUAUCCUCUGCUUUUCCACUGAAUUCCGAUCAUCUUGUAAGGGAAGAUUUUGUCCAGCUCCUCAGACGAUGUCUCUUUUUGGUACUUCGCAGGGAUAUGAGCUUGAAUAGGCGUUUGUAUCAGUGGUUGUUGAAUCGUGUUGGUGAUUCAGCUGUUACGGGAUUGCCCGUUGUUGGAGUGGAUGAGCAGCUUGACACUGCUUUUUUCAUCACUUAUGCUUUGCCGAUUGCGAGGAAAGCGAUCGAAGAAUAUCUAAAAUUAGAUACAGUUCAAGUAGCUAGUAACCUUGCAUCCUGGGAUGGCACAAAGGAACAUCAAAUGCAGUAUACAGAAGUGCGCGUUGCACGUUUGUUAUUAUAUUUUAUGGAUCGACCUGAACUAGGCUCUCUUUUUCUUGAAGAAACAUUACUCAUUUUAUUGGAAGCAGCUGCCAAGAAUGAUACACAUUUGGAAUCAGUUUUAGUCAAGGAUGAGGAAGUAUUGAGUAGAACAGAAAGGUUAUCAACUUCGAUAGAAACAAUUAAUGAAGAUAAUCGGCGGUUUAGUGUUACAAGUAAAUCCUCUAUCAGUUCCCGGCAAUCACGAUUAAGUAUUCUAUCAGGACCGGAAGAGACUUCUGCUGAACAGAUUAAACGAUUAGAAGAAUUCGGAAAGACAAUAAAUCUGUUGAUGAAUUCCCUUGAUGUUGGGUUUAUUUGGAAUUUUCUUGAACGAAAACUGAAACUGUUAAUACAGCAAAAACAAAAGGAACUGCAAAAUGGUACAGUAGAUCCAUAUUUGCUGACGAAUGAAAUAAAAAUGUUAAAAGAAGAAGAAGAACGAAGGACAACCCAUGAAUUGGCGAACUUUCCAAAGAUAAUAUUAUUUUGUCUAAAUACGAUAGAACUGGAUUCUCAUGGUGAUAUCCGAGAGCAGUACUUACCACAAUUAUUGUCAUCGAUCCUCACAACUGUAGCUGAGAAGAAUGUUGCAUCGAUGGAUGGUCAACUACUUGUUCGACUUUUAGUCGUCGCAAAAGCAAUCCUGAAUGAAGUUAAUCAAAGUGCUGUUGUUAUGGAAACUGGAGUCGUCACACGAAAACGUGGUGAGGUAUACGAGAUUGUACGUCACAAUGAACUGGAAUCAAUGGAGAAACCAUCCACACAAGGAGACGCAAUUAAAGAACAAUGGCGAGUAGAGAAUUGUUUAAGUAGUUGUCAGCGACUUCUUGCACAGAUCUGUGAUUGGUAUUGCAAAGAACGAGAUAUUGAACGUCUACAAGCAUUUUAUGCCAUUUCAGCUUUGACACGAGAAUUUGCCGAUUUUCCUCUCUAUGAUUUAGGUGUGGGAUAUCUUAAACGACAUGUGUCAAGUAACUAUCCAGUUUGGUUGAGCGCUUUAUUGAGCAUAUUAUCACUAGACGAAUGGGAUGCUUCUGUAAAUUCUAAUGAUAAUCGUGCUCCUGAAAUCCGGGUAACCGAUAUGUUUGCUCGUGCGAAUGCUUUGGAUUUAAUAACUUAUGUCUAUGUUAGGAGUAUUUCGGUUGCUGAACAACAUGCCGCUAUGCUGCGACGCCAGAAGAGGGAUAGCAAAGAAAGGACAAUUAUACUAUUGAAACCAUUAAUCUCUGGAGCAGACUUGAAACGUUUGGAUAAUGACGAAAUUUUCAUGAAAGCUGCUAAAAUUCUUUGGUCAUACUUGGACCAAAGCGACAAAGCAUAUUAUCAUGCGACAGCUGCUCGACUACUUUGUUUAUUUCAUUCACGCAAGUCUUCUGAACCGAGUAGCGAUGUGGAAGAUUUGAUCAUUAGCAAUCUUACAAGCGAGCUUAGUUGCUCUGCUGCUAAAAAAUUUCGAACAUUAUGGAUGUUAAAUCGACCUUCUGCGGCUGAAGAACUCUAUCUUGGAUUAUCAUCUAAGCUGUUCAACAGGGUCGUCAUGCUCUUGUUGGGUUUUCUGUCUGAUGAUACUAUUGGCUACGAUAAAACAGAAUUGAAAAAUAUUUCUGCUUAUUGGUUCAAUGAUUGCGCUCAGCACUCGGAUUUGCCGUAUAUCUUGCAGAUGUGGACUACUAUGCUCCUGAAUCCGAGUACUUCACGUGCUUCAAUUCAGUAUCUCAACAUGCACGGUAGAAUGAAUAAAGAGAAAUUUCCAUAUAUACCGUCUGGUAUUUGUGCGAUUACACUGUUAACAGAUGGUGGUCAUCAAUCAUUACAUCAUUUAUGCGAAGAUGUUUCGGCACCAAGUUCGAAUGAAGCUAAACGACAUUUGGCCGAAGCUUCGACAGCAUUUGAGAGAUUAAGAACCGGAGAAUACCCAGCUUGGUUAACUGAAUUACGAAAUCGUUUAUUGCAAGGAGGCAAUGAUAGUGGCACGAUGGACUUGAAUGUAACAAGCGAUGCACAAAAGACCCAUCGCAGAACUGUAUCGGAUAUACCAAUGUUUGAUGAUGAUAAUGAUUCUGUUGAAACGGUAUCACUAGAUUCGCUGGAUCAUGAAGUAAUGGAAACACUACAAUAUAUCCUUGAUUGUAUUUGUGCUCAAGAAGAAAGUGAAAUAGAAUUACAAGCUUGUUUUGCCGGUGAACGGUUGUGUUCUCAUGUUCAGAUGACACUGAUCAAUGGUACCGAGAUCGAAAUUAGCGAAAAAGAAGGAUUAUCCAGAAUGGAUGCAAGUAUAUCACAGAAGAGAGCAGCGGAAUCGCAAUCAUCUGCUUUGGUUUCAUCGCGGAAAUCUGUCGAGAAUGGUCCACCAGUUUCUGAGGGCUUUAAACGCUUCAGAGGUCAUCGAAGGCAAGAUUCAUUGCAGGAAAGUAUAUUUACGAUGUCUGCACAAGAGCUCAAAUUAUUCGAUACAUCGGAACUGCCUCGAUUAGAAGCAACUGGCGACGAAGUGCAACCGUUGUGCCAUGAACUGCAUGCACAUAUGUUACUGUAUGCAGAGAGUGGUCAAACUGUAGAUUUAGCGCGUUCUGAAAAAGUAUUUCGAAUGUUAAUUGCACUGAUGCGAACAAAACUUAGCUUUCUAACUCCCAGUUGUAUGGUUUCAUCUGGAACUGCUUCACUUCCAAAAUCUUCAUCAAGCGCUGCAUCUGGGCAAUUAAUGGACCUUUUGUCACGUCACAUUCGUUCCAUAUUAGGGCAGGACUUUUGGGCUUCUGAAUCGGAUAAUCCGAGCGGAACCGACACUUUAAAAUAUAGACAUUACACCUUCCUCGAACUUUUUAUGACUAUUUCUUUACAUUUUCUUCGAUCAUAUUUUCUUAAUUCUCCCACUGCUAACGUUUCUGGUCUUGAUUUACGCAAUGCUUGGAAAUGUAAGAUGGCAGUUUUGGAUUUUCUCACUGAAUUAGUACGCGGAUUAAUAGCGAUGAUCCAAGAGAAUCAGUCUCGAGCUUUAGCUGUUUAUAUUCAUGGCCUACUGCAACGUUCAAAGCUUCAAAAAUGCUUGUUGCAUUCUCUUCUAACUUCUGUCCAUAAUGUUCGACAACAUAAUAACGCCGAAAUAGUUCCAUUAUCAGUAGAUAUAUUGGAAUUCAAUGAUGGCACUGCAACAUCCAGUAAUUUUUGUGAUUUGAUUGUUGGUUAUCAAAGCUCAUUACUAGAUUUAACUGCCACUGUAAUACAGCUGGAAUUGGUGAUCAAAAAUGGAUUUCAAAAUUUCACUGAUCAAAAUAAUAGUGGUAUAGAUAAACUGACACUAAAUCAUCAAAUUUAUAAUUCACCACAACAUCGUGCAACGCUUCGUGAACCAUACGUUAGCAUGGUUGAAUUGCGUAUGUUUUUGUUAACUGUCUUAAAUGCCCUCAAGAAACAUUCAGCUGAACAGGAACAGUGGCUUACAUUUGUCGUACGAAUACUCCCAUUUCUUGAUAGAUCGUUGUCUACAUUUUCGGUGCAUAUUGUCGAACAAUUAUGCAAGAAUCUGGAAUCUGCCAUAAAUGCCGCAUAUUUUCCUGCUGAUAAUAAAAUGAACAAUAUUUCGUCGGCUGAAUCAUUUCCUGUCCGUUCUAUGAUCAAUCAGGGUAAACCAACAUAUCCGACCAAUUAUGCUAUCGGAAUAUUGGAAACGUUGAAUAUGUUCUUUCAUUAUUGCCUUAUCGAUAAUACAUCUCAAACUAGUGCUACUUUAACACUGGCCAAUCAACCUUCACAGGUUGUAACAGUCAACAAUCCAUCGUUGGCAUCUUCGGUAAUGAAUGCGAUACCGGGUACACGUGGCGCUACGGAGCUUAUUUCCAAUCUUGUUAAAGUUUUCUCCUUCAGCGAUAGUACUAAUGGGUCAUCGAAUGCGGCACUCAAUAAAUUUACUGAUCUCACGACUGAUGAUGUUUGGAAGCAAGCGCGAUCUGAUGUACUUAAUGCUUUUCCACAUGCCCUUGCGACGCUUUGUGAUGUUUGGACACAGUUGCGAAAAGGAGAACCGAAUCUUCCGAUUGGAAAUCCUGUGAUAAUGCGCCAAUUAAUUCUUGAUUUGCUUUCACCAAUAGUGCAACAUCAUCAGCAAGCAUUUUUAUCAUCACUUGCAUUGGUGUGGAUGACGCGAAGUUCAUUAACAUCACAAAAACAGCUUACUACACGUGCUGAAUCUGAUCAGUCAUCAUUUGAUUAUUCACCGGCACAACUCGAUAUUGCGGAUCUCUUGCUCAGUAUCAAAAUUCUUCCAUUCGAAAACCUUAUUUCUACGGUUGCUGAAGCAUUGAAGGAAAGUGCAUGGAAAAUCGUAAAGUCAGGUGCAGCUCUAGAAAAGCAAAGUGCUUUCCCAACCGAACUUGCGCUGCUGGAAAUGCUUCAUGGUUGUGUUAGAGCUACACCAUCCACUGCUCUAUAUAACUGCUGGUCUUCAUUACAAGCAUUGUUUGUGGAAUCUCCGGUUAUGUCACUACCACCAAAGGCUGUUUUUAUCCAAUUCAUUAUACUUGUGGAUUUCGUACAACUUGCUACAAGUUCAGUCGUUGUUGAAGAUAAACAGUUAUCGCGGGCUGCUCAAGAUGCAUGUCAGAAACUUACGGAAGCUAUGAAUGUUAUAGUUGGUUGGCAGUUAGAACAAACUACCUGGUUGAAACGGACAUUGGUUGUCAAACAUGAUUCAUCCGCGCAAAAGUCGCAAGAAACAUCGCCAGUAGUAGAGUUCGUCACUGCGCCAACGUCACUGGCUGCUUCAGAAAAUAGUUCUUUACGUGGUUCCACAUCGUCAUUGGUACCACCAAGGAUUCCUACCUUCGAUACAGCUACGCAGAUAUCAGUUUCAUCUCAGGGUGCAUCAACCUCAGCAGUCGAAAGGCGGAGUAUAUCAAAUAUACGAUCAAGUUUGAAAGAUCCAAAUAGCUUGAAACGUGAUCCGACUCACAGUACUCAGGCUUUAUUCCUGCUUGCCGAGCAUUUAGCCGAAUUAGUUGAUUCGAUAUGUAAGAGUGAAGAUAAAGAAAGAUUGUUGCCACUGCUUCAUGCUGUUUGGAGUAAUACGCUGCCAUAUUUGAAAGCCAAAAAUGCUCGAAAUGCUCGAUUCUUUCUUGCUAGUUCGCAAUUACUAGCAUCGAUGAGUACUUUCAAUUAUAUGCGACCGGUGUGGCGUAAAGCUACUUUGGAUCUUCUGCUUGAUCCAACAUUCUUCAAAAUGGAUAUGCAAUCAUUGAAACAUUGGUUGGUUAUAACGGAUCAUUUGAUGACUCACGACAAAACAUCUUUCAAGGAAUUGCUUGGAAGGAUUUCAACAGCGCAAAAUUCCGCACUUUCAAGUUUGAUAACUAGCAAAGAAGCCGAAUAUGAAAUGCGCGCUCAGGCACUCAAACGUUUAGCAUUUAUAGUACUCAGUUCAGAACUUGGUCAGUACCAAGCUCAGCUGCCUGAUAUACAAGAACGUUUGUCAGACAAUUUACGUUUAUCACAAGUUCCAAUUGUUCAUGCUCAAGUGUUUCUUUGCUAUCGAGUUUUGCUUAUCAGGCAGAAACCACAGCAUCUUGUCAGCAUGUGGCCUUCGAUGGUUACAGAACUGGUACAUGUAUUAUUACAAAUUGAACAACAACUAUCAGGUACGACAAAUGUUUCGGAUGAUUUAAAGUGUGAUCGUAAUGACCAGUGGAUGCAGUUGUAUCUUGCAGCAUGUAAACUACUCGAAACAUUAUGUACACUUCCUGCUGGUUAUUUGGCACAAUUUCAAAUGUGUCACUGGGCAUUUGUAAAUUCUGUAGCAGCAAGUGAUAUCGGUUCAUUCGUGCCAUUUGCAAGUCGUAUUGAUCGUUUGCUUCGUAAUAAAUAUGGUCAAUUAUCGAUUCAUGGUCGAAAAUUUAUGUCUGCAUCAUUGGUUAAUGUUAAAACGCUUACAAGCUUUAGUGAGUUACGCCCAUUCUUCUUGGCGCUAGCAACCCAAAAUGAAAUGCGUGCUUUAACGAUGCAAUCUUCUUUUGAUAAGGAAGAUCAGCUGCGAGAUGCUCACUUUCUCAAUGGUUCAUUGUCUUACAAAGCUGCAAUUAAUCGAUUGGAACAUGCAUUAUAUGUUGAUUUUGCGGAACAUUGGCAGUUAUAA